AUGCAGCAGUUUAAUGUGGCGGGUGUGGCAAUGGCUAUUGUAAAAGAUGGAAAAAUAGUAUAUGAAAAAGGCUAUGGAGUGAAAUCAAUUGCCACCCAGUUGCCGAUCGCCUCCAACAGCAAGGCAUUUACUACGGCUGCAUUGUCAAUUUUAAUAGAUGAGGGUAAACUGAACUGGCGGGAUAAACCGGUACCGGACCCGAUUAGCAAUCGGGAUGCGCUGCCAACUGAGUUACGCAAUCAUUAA